AUGGAGCAUCUGUCAUGGGUCCGACCAGUGGCUCGUGCGUCCUCGGAUCGUGUCCCCCGGAGCAGCAGCGUGGGAAGCAGGAUGGGGUUGUUUGGCAGCAAAAAUCAGCUGAUGCCCAAUGAGAAACACACUUCUGGGGGCAAUACAAAAAGCAAGGGCAAACCUCCUCCUGCCCCACCCAAGGGGAGACAAGUUAUCAACAGCCCUCAUCUAAACCAAGCCUCUGCACAAGAUCACUUGUUUGUGGUUGCACUGUACGAUUUUCCUGCCUCAAGUGACCGUGACCUGGAGCUGGUCAAAGGGGAGAAACUCCAGGUCCUCUCCAAAGAGGGGGACUGGUGGCUGGCAAAGUCCCUCAGCACUGGGAGGAAAGGAUACAUCCCCAGCAACUUCGUGGCACAAGUGGACAGUUUGGAAGAGGAAAAGUGGUAUUUUAGAACUCUGAGCAGAAAAGAUGCUGAACGGCUGCUGUUGUCUUCUGGGAACAAAGUUGGCUCUUUCCUCGUCCGGGAGAGUGAAACCACCAAAGAUGCCUAUUCCCUGUCCGUGAGAGACAACAACUCUGCCCAUGGGGACAUCAUCAAACACUACAGGAUCCGCUCCCUGGAUGGAGGGGGGUACUACAUCUCCCCCAGGGUGACUUUCUCCAGCCUGCCAGAGCUUAUCCAUCAUUACAGCCAGAAAGGGGAUGGGCUGUGCCAGCGCCUCACAGCUCCCUGCACAUCCCUGGUUCCCCAGAGACCCUGGGCCCAGGACGAGUGGGAGAUCCCUCGGGAGGCCCUGAAGCUUGUGAAGAAGCUGGGCAGUGGGCAGUUUGGGGAAGUGUGGAUGGGCUACUACAAAAACAACAUCAAGGUGGCUGUGAAGACCAUGAAGGAGGGCAGCAUGGAUCCUGACGCCUUCCUGGCAGAGGCAAACCUGAUGAAGAAGCUGCAGCACAACAAACUGGUCCGGCUGUACGCCGUGGUCACCAAGCAGCCCAUCUACAUUGUGACAGAGUACAUGGCCAAUGGGUGUUUGCUGGAUUUCCUGAAGACAGAAGAAGGAAGCCAGCUGAAUCUCCCCAAACUCAUUGAUAUCUCUGCUCAGGUGGCAGAGGGCAUGGCCUACAUCGAGCGCAUGAACUUCAUCCACCGGGACCUGAGGGCCGCCAACAUCCUCGUCUCGGAGACGCUCUGCUGCAAAAUCGCUGACUUUGGCCUGGCCAGGCUCAUCGAGAACGAGUACCUGGCACAGGAAGGUGCCAAAUUUCCCAUCAAAUGGACAGCUCCGGAGGCCAUUAACUAUGGGGUUUUCACCAUCAAAUCUGACGUGUGGUCAUUCGGGAUCCUCCUGACAGAGAUCAUCACCUUCGGCAGGAUCCCUUAUCCAGGAAUGACCAACCCCGAGGUGAUUCGCAACCUGGAGCGGGGCUACCGCAUGCCCUGCCCGGAGACGUGUCCCGGGGAGCUCUACAGCAUCAUCCUCAAGUGCUGGCGCAGCAACCCCGAGGAGCGCCCCACCUUCGAGUACCUGCAGUCCGUGCUCGAGGAUUUCUACACCUCCACGGAGAAGCAGUACGAGCCCGAGCCGCAGCAGUGAGCCGCGGCCCCGCCAGCUCCUGGGGACAGCGCUGCAGGACAGCCACCAGCGGGCGGUGGCUCGGUGCCGGCGUUUCCCUCUCUCCCUUCCGCGCGUGGAGAUGGGGAAUGAGGACAGACAUGAGGGAGGAGGAGGAGGAUGCUGCCGGCUCUGUGGUUGUCGCAAAGACUGAAGAGGUGGCUGAGAGGUGGCGCAGCUCCUCGGAGGGCUGUGCCCACCCGGCAGGCAUCACCUCUGGCACGAAGG